AAUUUAAAAUUAAUUUAAAAUUUACAAAUAUAAAAAUAUUAAACAUUUUAUGUUUCAUAAAUAAGAACAAUCUUUCAUUAUUUCUCCUUUUUAGUUUUAAUUUUCUCAUAAACAAAUAUUCUGUGAAAACUAUUGGUAAUAAACUCAUAUCAGUUGUAGCAUUGUUUCUAAUUAUUUUACAUCAAAUUUCAUUUCCUUUUUUACAUUUUGAAAGAAACAAAAAAAAAAACAAAAUAAAUUGAAACAUUCCAUUCGCAAAUACUCAUGGUUAACCGAUCGGUUCUCUUUUUAAUUGCAGUCGGUCUAAUGUCACCGAGUUAUGAGUACAAAAUUCCAAUUUUGUCCUUUAAUAUUUGGUCAACGCGCGGGCGGCAAGUCACUACUUUAACCAGAGAGUUUUUCCUCACCGGCAUUGAGAACCCUAAACCCUAAAUCAGUUGGCGAGCGAUGGAGGGAGUAGAGAAGUUUUUCAGCAAGAUGGUGACAGAUGCGAAAUCGGCAGCUUCUUCUUCUUCCUCUUCUCUUUCUGAUUUCGCGGAUAAUCUAAUCCAGGAGAAACGAGCCGGCGGCGGCGGCGGCGGCGGAGGUAACUCAACUUCAUACGACACUUCCGCAGUUUUGGUCAAAAGAACUCCCAGUGGAGUAUCGGCCUGGACGUGUACAAAGCUGUGCGCUGUUUUCUUUGUCGCUGGAGUGUUUGUGGGUUAUACGCUUAAGAGACGGGUCCGAAGCUGGGCCUCUAAGCUUCUCAGAAAAAUCAGAGAUGAUUAAACUCCAUACCUCUCUUCUGCUUCUUGAAUGUGUUUUACUGUGCUCAAGGCACUUUGUUGUUUAAUAUUCUCUUCCUCUAGUCACAGUUUGUGGUAAUGGGGAUAGUGAUCACCUCUUGAGAGACGCAUACAUAUUCUUUUGUGUGAAGUAACUAUUGAUGCAGCAAAUGCGUACCGUGUAAUGUAAAUUUUGAAACAGUACUUUCAAU